AUGAAUACCCUCGCAGUUGUCCUCUUUCUUUCCCUGAUCAUUGGUAUGGUCUAUUCCAACAUCGAUUCGGAGAAAUCAGCAAUGCUGGAGAUGACAGACAAUCAAGCCAAUUUCUUCGCAGAGAUGUUUAAUGGCAUCCAAGGAUCCCCGAACGCUAAGAAGUCUCGUUCCCGCCGUCUCAGCUGUGGAUUCAAGCUUCUUCAAAAAAUCGCUGGAUACUGCGGAGAAUUGACCAGCGAGACCGGUGUAGACAUCGCGUCGGUUUGCUGCCGAUCGGAGUGCUCAGAAAAGUUCAUCAAGAGAAGCGUCUGUCCAGAGAUGCUCUAG